CCUUCCAGUGCUCAAGUAGCCAACCAGCAACCACGAGUUCUCUCCGAUCCACCGCCAAAAAGAUGUUCAAUCCUCGCCUCAUCGCCAAGAAGCUCGUCGCUCGCGAACAAGGUGAAGGUGCCGGCGCGCGGGUGCACCGAUCCAUCGGCACCACUCGGCUGCGCAACCUCGACCCGUUCCUCAUGCUGGACGAGUUCAACGUGGGUCUCCCCGGUGGCUUCCCGGACCAUCCGCACAGAGGUUUCGAGACCGUCACGUACGUUUUGCCCACGUCCAAGGGCCACAUGUGCCACGAAGACUUUCUAGGCAACAAGGGCGAGCUGCGUCCCGGAGACCUGCAGUGGAUGACCCCAGGAAAGGGAAUCAUGCACGCCGAGAUGCCCAAGAGCGAGGUGCCGGCACACGGACUGCAGCUCUGGAUCAACCUGCCCAGUAAGAGUCGCAUGGUGGAGCCUAAAUACCAGGAGAUCAGUCGAGACACCGUCCCGCACGCCUUCAACGACGACAAGAGCAUCGAGGCCAUCGUCUUUGCCGGGGAAGUCUUCGGGAAGCGUGGUCCCAUUGAAACUGUAGCUCCAGUCACCUACGUGCACUUUAUGUUGCAAAAAGGAGCCAAGCUCGAGUACCCGAUCCCCGAGAGUCACCACGUCUUCGUGUACGCGGUGUCCGGCACGGGCAAGUGCGUGGAGCACUCGAUCGAGCCCCACGAAGCCAUUGUGCUCGAGAUGAAGGGUGACGGUGCGCUGUUGCAGGCAGACGACAACGAAAGCCUCGAGGUGAUUGUCAUGACGGGGCAGCCACUGGAAGAGUCGGUGGUGCAGUACGGACCCUUCGUCAUGAGCACAGAGGACGAGAUCCGUCAGACUUUUGAAGAUUUCCAACUGGCUAAAAACGGAUUCGAGAACGCGCACUCGUGGGCCUCGGAGAUCGGCAACCGCCGUCGUUAAACGUAGCAGGAGUCGGCGAGAAUGAUGUCAAGACUUUCGAUGAUGCUUGUCAUCGCUUUGCUCUAUACUGUAUGCUAGGAUAAUCGAUAGCGCUAGGCUAUUGAAAAACAAUGAAUAAGAAAUUUGAAGACACAC